AUGGCUGUACUGAGGCUCGUGACACCUGUGGCGCUCCUUGCAGCCCUCGUUCGAGGAUAUGCCAACCCUGGUAGUUGCUCAGGCGCUUGCAAUGUCCACGACCCAUCAUUGAUUCAGAGAACAUCUGAUAGUCUCUACUUCCGAUUUUCCACCGGCAAUGAAAUCUCUUAUGCCAGUGCGUCAUCCAUCAAGGGCCCAUGGACUACGAUCGGAUCGAUGUUGCCCUCUGGCUCCUCCAUCGAUCUUGAUGGCAAUGAUGACCUUUGGGCCCCUGACGCGCAUAUUGUCGAUGAUCUCUACUACGUCUACUAUUCCGUGUCAACAUUUGGAUCGCAGUCUUCUGCCAUUGGCCUGGCAACCUCAGCAACCAUGGAAUAUGGUUCUUGGACCGACCAUGGGAGUACUGGAAUCGCUUCUUCCUCGUCCAAGGCAUACAAUGCCAUUGAUGGAAACCUCAUCGAGGUUGACGGUAUAUACUACAUGAAUUUUGGUUCUUUCUGGCACGACAUCUACCAAGUGCCGAUGAAUUCUGCUGCAACCAAGGCCACAUCCUCCUCAUACAACAUUGCAUACAACGCGACUGGAACUCACGCAGAAGAAGGUGCCUAUAUGUACAAGUAUGGCAGUUACUACUAUCUUUUUUUCUCGUCAGGCAUCUGCUGCGGCUAUGACAGUUCCAAGCCUGCGGCUGGAGAGGAAUACAAGAUCAUGGUUUGUCGGUCGACCUCGCCGACAAGUGGCUUUGUCGACGCCGCUGGUACCGCUUGCACGAGUAGUGGUGGCACAGUCGUCCUGAAGAGUCACGGGACUGUAUACGGUCCCGGUGGACAGGGAGUUUUCACUGACCCUAGUCUUGGCCCCGUUCUCUACUAUCACUACGUUGAUACUACGGUCGGAUAUGCAGACAGUCAGAAGCUGUUUGGAUGGAAUCAAAUCGAUUUCUCCUCGGGUUGGCCGGUGGUCUAA